CCCAAGAAGCACCACAUAUAUACUACCUCGUUCUGCUUCCUUCUUUAUCUCUUUGCAAGGAGCCAACCCUACACACAUAAUCGAUCUCGACAAAUUAAUAGAUGCUUCCACCUAAUUUCGUUUCUUUAAUCAUCACCUUCAUCGUAUUCUGGUCAUGGUGGACGCUUGACGGCGUCGUUUCUGAUCCCCAGACCCAUCUUGUAAGGCCAGGGUGCACCCCAUCCGAAUUGCCACACUCGACCAACUUCUCCGGCAUGGAGGACAGUUUAAACGCAACGUUUAGAGACAUCAGAGAGCAGAUCAUCACUCAGAACAAGUAUUUCGCGACGGCACAAGAAGGAAGAGGAGAAAGCCCUGCAAUUUCCACUCUUUUUCAGUGCAGAAAUUACCUCUCCGUUCAUGACUGUGUUGCCUGCUUUGACGUUGCUGCCAUUGAAAUUCGCCACUGCCCCGCUGCGGCACUUGGUGGUGGCCGUGUUUUCUACGACGGCUGCUUCCUCAGGUAUGAGACCAGCGCUUUCUUCGACCAAACGACAUCGUCUUUCAAUACCGCAUCAUGUGGUGGAAAUCAGACUAAAGGAGAAGCCUCUACAUUUACCUCUGCUGUGCGACAACAGCUAAUGAAUCUCCAAAUGACAAUACCCAAAAUCUCUGGCUCUUUCGCAGCCAUGAAGACGCAAGUGCCUAAUAAUGGUCCAACUAUAUAUGCCUUUGCUCAAUGUAUUGAAACUGUCACAGAGAGUGGGUGCUUCAAUUGCUUAAAUGCAGCGUCUAGCAAUAUGCCAACUUGUCUUCCCAAUUCAGAUGGUAGGGCUUUUGCUGAUGGCUGUUUCAUGAGAUACUCCACCACUUCCUUCUUUCCUGAUAACCAGACCAUUGGUAUCACUCCCUUGAAAAAACAAGGUUCGAGCAAUAAGGGGGCCAUCAUUGGUGGAGUAGUUGCUGGGAGUGUAAUCCUUGCUUUGAUUGUCCUGGCAUUUUUUCUUUGGGCCAAGCCACCAAAAAAUCCUAAAAGGGUUCCAGGUGGAGGAGACACAACCGGAGCAAGCAAGUUGAAAGGUCCGGUUAAUUACAGUUACAAGGAUUUGAAGCUUUCAACAAAAAAUUUUAAUGCAGAUAAUAAACUUGGACAAGGAGGAUUUGGUACUGUAUACAAGGGAACUCUGAAGAAUGGGAAAGUAGUUGCAGUCAAAAAGUUAACUUUACGCCAUUCCAAUAAAGUGGAGGAUGAAUUUGAGAGCGAAGUGAAACUUAUAAGUAACGUUCAUCAUCGAAAUCUUGUUCGACUUCUUGGAUAUUGCAGCAAAGACAAUACAAGAAUUCUUGUCUAUGAAUACAUGAAAAAUACCAGUCUUGACAAAUUCUUAUUUGGUGAAAUGAAAGGUUUUCUUGGUUGGAAGCAACGGUAUGAUAUAAUUUUAGGCACAGCAAGAGGUUUGGCUUAUCUACACGAGGAAUUCCAUAUUUGUAUUAUACAUAGAGAUAUAAAGUCUAAUAACAUCCUCUUGGAUGAUGAUUUUCAACCUAAAAUUGCUGAUUUUGGGUUAGCAAAACUUCUAUCUGAGGACAAAUCUCAUCUGAGCACAAAAUUUGCAGGAACCUUAGGAUAUACAGCACCGGAAUAUGCAUUAAAUGGCCAAUUAUCUGAGAAGGCUGAUGUCUAUAGCUAUGGUGUUGUGAUCCUAGAAAUUAUUAGUGGUCGAAAAAGUGAAGAAUUGAAUAUGAAUGGUGAAGCUGAAGGUGAAUUCCUCCUUCAAAAGGCAUGGAAACUGUAUGAGAGAGGCAGGCAUUUAGAGUUGGUGGACAAUACUUUAGACCCUAUUGACUAUGCUGUAGAAGAAGUAAAGAAAAUCAUAGAGAUUGGUUUGCUUUGCACUCAAGCAUCUCCUACAAUAAGGCCGACAACGUCUGAAGUUGUUGUCUUGCUCCAAAACAAGGGUUUAUUUGAAAAUAUGAGACCCACUAUGCCUUUCUUGGUUGAAACUAAUUAAAUAAGGGCCCAUGGAGAGGACUACACUUGGCUUCUACAUCAACUUCCUCUUCGUCCAAUGUUACGGCCUUGAGUUCUAAUGUCAGAAAGAUAUACAGUUGUGUUGGUUGGAGGAAUAAGAAUAGAUAUCGAAGAAGAAAAUACAAAAUGACUGUUCUUUAUUCCAUUAUUCUUCUACAUUUGUUUGCAAUCAUACAUCGAUCCUUAUAAAAGUAUUUGUCUAUUGAUAAUUUCGAUAGUGUAAAGAGUUUUGAGUUAACUACAUUAAUCUACCUUAUUGUUUGGUUAAUUAAUUUAUGACAUCCUU